AUAUCUGUCUGUUGAAGAACAAGUGGCUAUGUUCUUAUUUGUGAUUGGCCAUAAUGAACGACAUCGUGUGGUUGCUGAACGAUUUCAGCACUCCAUCUCAACCACAUCACAUUAUUUUAGGAAGGUUUUGAAGGCAAUAUGUCGUUUAUCCAAAGAACUAAUUACUCCACCUUCAUUUGAUGUAACUCCUCCACAAAUUCGAUUCGAUCCAAGAUACUAUCCAUUUUUUAAGAUGGGACUCAUAUUUCUGCGCAUGUUCCAAUUGAUGAACAAAUACCAUAUCGAGGUCGAAAAGUGGAUACAACUCAGAACGUUAUGUGUGUAUGUUCAUUUGACAUGAAGUUCACAUACGUUGUUCCUGGAUGGGAAGGAUUAGCUAAUGAUGCACGGAUUCUUCUAGAAUGUGCCACAAACCCAGAUUAUGGAUUUCCAAUGCCGCCCCAAGGAAAAUAUUAUCUUGUUGAUUCUGGCUAUACAAACAUGCCUGGUUUUCUUUCACCAUAUCGAGGAGAAAUGUAUCAUUUGGGCCAGUACACAGAUCUUAAUCCCAUAGGCAAAAAAGAGCUCUUCAAUUAUCGACACUCUUCCUUGAGAAAUGUUAUUGAGCGGUGUUUCGGCGUGUUGAAGGCUCGCUUUCCAAUCCUAAAACAAAUGCCUUCAUAUGAUCUAAGAAUACAAAAGUACAUUGUCAUUGCUUGCUGCGGGAUUCACAAUUUUAUAAGGACAAAUGCAGAAGCAGAUGUAUAUUUUGAUGGAGGUGAAGGAAAUUCUGAAGUACAGGCCACUACUUUACAAAGCACGGAUGGAACUUUGACUGAUAGUGUAGAGUUCAGUAUUUCUAGAACUCAUAUACGUGAAAUGGCUCAUAUUCGUGAUGAAAUUGCUGAUCAUAUAUGGAGAGCUAGUCGACGAUAGUGAGAUUGAGUAAAGACAUUAGUUGAUUGUUAUGACUCGUUUAAUACUUUACUUUAAGUUUGGACAAUUAUCAGUUCAUACGUUUUUUAUUUUACUAUGUAAACUUUCUUGGAUAGAUAUUAAGUUUUGAAAUUUGAGAUUA